AUGUCCGAUCAAUCCACCAACAACGACAACAUCAACAAUGACACCAACAACACUUCAGAUAACUCUGAAUCUGGAAUGGAGGAGCAACAACAACAGGAAAUUCUUGUUGCUCUUAAAGUCAUCCAGGAGUCUUUAACAGCUCUUCACACUUCAAUCAAUGAUCCCAAUACUGGAUUGCCAGCCAUCAUUGCAGCCCUCAACCAUCCUGAGACAGGAUUGGCAGCCAUCAAGGCAGCACUCGAUCAUCCGGAGACUGGAUUGGCAGCCAUCAAAGCAGCACUCACUCAUGCUGAUACGGGAUUGCCAGCCAUCAAGGCAGCACUCGAUCAUCCGGACACUGGGUUUCCCUCCAUCAAGGCCACGAUCAACCAACUCAAUGCUGGAGUGAACAGUCGCAAUGGUUGUUGUGUAUUAAUGUAG